GGGAGUCCUCAGGUAUUUUCUAAGGGAAUAUCGUAUUUCUAGAGCACUAGUACUGUACAACAUGGCGCCGGCAUAUACUGUCUUCUACGGCACGUUUAUUGAUCUGCCUCGAAGCAUCACAGAAGAGAAGCUUGCGCUGGAUAUAAACCACGGCACGUUAUGGGUGUCAUCGGUGGACGGCCGGAUAAAAGGGUUUGACUGGACGGUACACAGUGAGAAGGAGUUGGAAGCCUUCUUACAAAAGGAAGGAUGGGUGGAAGAGGUUGAGAAUAUGCAGAAUGGAGUUGGGCCGCAAGAAAAGGUCAAGAUCGUCAGGGCGCGAGAGGAUCAAAAUGAAUUCUUCUUUCCAGGUUUCAUCGAUACUCAUAUCCACGCACCGCAAUACCCGAACUCCGGGCUGUUUGGCUCAUCAACCCUUCUCGACUGGUUAGAGCGGUACACCUUCCCAUUAGAAAGCUCAUUUGGCCAAAAGGAAGAAGAAAAAGAGGACGAGGGCAAGGAAGUUGCUCCGCCAAGAGCUCACACGGCCUACAAACAGGUCAUCUCUCGGACGCUCUCUCACGGGACAACCUGUGCAUCCUACUUCGCCACCAUCCAUGUCCCCGCGACGUCUCUGCUUGCCUCUCUCUGUCACGCACGCGGCCAGCGCGCCUUCAUCGGCCGCGUGUGCAUGGACAACCCUGCCUUCUGUCCAGAUUACUACCGCGACGCUUCGGCCGAGGAAUCCCUCGCCCGGACGGAAGCCAUCGUAUCGCACAUCCACACCCUCGACCCCAAGGGCACACUAGUCAAACCCAUUCUCACCCCGCGAUUUGCACCAACCUGCUCUCCCGCUGCUCUCUCUGGGCUCGGACACCUGGCAGCCUCUUAUUCUCCGCCCUUACACAUCCAAACUCACAUCUCAGAGAAUGUCGAUGAGGUGAAGCUCGUGAAGAAACUCUUCCCGGAAGCUACCAAUUACGCCGAUGUCUACGAUCGGUUCGACCUGCUCACACGGCGGACCAUCCUCGCUCACGCGGUCCAUCUCACUCCCGACGAACGCCGUCUCAUCCAUUCUCGCCAGGCAAAGGUCUCGCACUGUCCGGCGUCAAACUCCGCGCUAGGAUCUGGCAUCUGUCCCGUCCGUGUCCUUCUCGACGACGGAAUCACCGUCGGGCUCGGAACAGAUGUGAGCGGCGGGUAUAGUCCUAGCAUUCUCGAGGCUGUGAGACAGGCGUGUCUGGUGUCCCGAUUACUCGGACACACACUUCCAGCUGAGAAGCAGACUGGUAGGGAGAAGCUGAGUGUAGAAGAAGCGCUGUAUCUGGCUACACGGGGCGGUGCCGCCGUCGUAGACAUGGCCGGUGAGAUCGGCGGGUUCGAGGAAGGCAUGUUUUUCGACGCACAGUUGAUCGGGCUGGGAAGCCCGCUCUCAGACGUUGAAGAGUCUGCUGAUCUCGCUUCUGGGAAUGUGGAUCUGUUUGGUUGGGAGUCGUGGCCGGAGAAGAUUCACAAAUGGGUCUGGACGGGUGAUGAUCGUAAUGUCGGCGCAGUCUGGGUGAAUGGCAGGUUGGUGCAUGCUCGAGAAUAG